UAACCUCCUCCGUGCUAACGCAACUCGUACACACACCCUCGACUGCCAUGUCCCAUACCUCUGCACCCCCUCCACACCAAACCACUAUCUAACUAACUUACUACUACAUACUCCACACCAAACCAUACCAUACCAUACCAAACCAACCCCCCACUUUGAACCGUAGUCGACCUUCGCUGCCCGCAUUCCCGUCAAUUCGGAAUUUCAAUUUACCCCUCCGUCAACGGCCCAUCUCGUCUCGUCCUUAGGCCCGCCCUUUGCCCUUUGCCACCGUCCAAAGCUGUCGUGCUUCGAUAUGUCUGCCGCCGUGGAUAAUUACCACUCGAUCACCGCUCGGCCUAUCCGUCCACUUCCGAAACGACGCCUUCGAUCGAGACUAUCCGAAGAUGCCGAUAGCUCGCUCUUUGCCGCUCCGCCCGCUCCCGCCGCCCCCCUGUUCUACUUUCCGUACAAUACCUAUCCCGGUGACGCUGGUAGUGGAGGAGGUGGUGGAGGUGCUGGUGACCGCGGUGGACGAACGGGAUCCGCGUCGUCGGGCGGUUUUGGCUCCUCCGGUCACGGUGCGGGCGAUGUACUGCAGGAGUCAUCGGAUGAGGACGCCGACUCGUGUGCUUCAGUGUCACGUGGGGUGGAUCGCGGCGUCGUCGCAAGCUAUACGGGAGCCAACGGUGCGGGCGUAGGUGUAGGCGGAGGGGGAACGGCGGAUCCCUACGAGUGGACCGAAAACACAAACAACAAGAAGAAGCGGAAGAUUCCCACGCACACUAAUCCCGGAGGGAGCACGGGGGCUGGUGGCGGUGGGGCUGGGUGUGGCGGAACUCACGCUUCGCCGGGGUUCUCGCCGACGUCGACCCCUAAGAGUAGGUGGAAGUCGAAUGGGUCUUCGUUGCAACGCUCGCCGCUCGCCGCUACUGGGGGUGCCACAACUGUCACCGCAUUGAGGAGACCAGCGAGACGGCACCCGUCGACGGAUAAGUUUGCCGGUUUGGUCGCAGGGAAGCAGAAGGAAGAACCCGUUACACCCACCAAGGGAAAACGCAGGAGGGACGGUGGCACGGCCGAUUCGGGCUUUCCGAAACAAACUCAGUUUACCUUCACCUACGACUCGCCGGUAUCGAUGCCUUUUGCUUCAUCGUCGACAACAUCACCACCAUCAGCCGGUACCACCGCCGGAGGAGCUUCCGCACCCGCACGCUCGAUGCAUACCGUUGGCACGCAGACAUCACCCGGGAUGUCGAACAGCAGCUAUCAGCCGCAGCCGCCCGCACCCGCAAAGAAGAAGACGCCCAAGCCCUCUCGCCGCGAACUCUUCCAGCAGGCGCAGCGUCGCCGCCGCCAAGAGGCGCUCUCACACAACAAUAACAACGGCGAGAUAUGGAUCUGCGAGUUCUGCGAGUACGAGUCGAUCUUUGGCGAGCCUCCGGAGGCGUUGAUGCGACAGUACGAGAUCAAGGAUCGGAAAGAGCGACGGCGAUUGGCGGAGAAACGGCGGCUCCUCGAAAAGGCAAAGCAGAAGGGGAAGAAGAACGCGAGCAAGAAUGCGGGGAAGAAGGGGGCGAACAACCACGCCAGCGCCGCGCCUCCGCCCCCGCCACCUCCGAGCACUACGGACUCCCAGGGAACGCAGAGCGAUAACACACCACUUGCGAGUGCUUCGCAGACUCCGGCGCUAAAACCGACAAGGAAUAGCCAGCAAGUGCAGACGGAGGCGUGUCUCGAGUCAAGUCUCCACGUCAGUAACGGCCGCGGCGCGGCGGGCAAGGCCAGCACUACGGAUAAUGGGACGUCAGCCAAACCCUUAUAGCUCAGGGGGUGGUCGGGCGACAACCAUCUUGCUCGCGUCGUCGUCGUCAUCGGUGCCGUUUGUCUGUUCUUGUUCUUGUUCUGCUGUUUUUGUUUUCGUUUGGGCUCGGGCUUGGGCUUGGGGGGCUGGGUUGGGGAGGCUGGGUGAUGAUCUGCCGGGUUUACUGUUUCUGUUUGGGUGUGGUUACUGCCAUUGUCAUGUUAAUUGUCGUUCGUUUUGUGUCUUUCCUUGAUGUCUGUCUGUGUGUCCGUUCUGGUCUGGUUGUCCUGGUGUGUCUACACUCUACACUUUACUCUAGGUACCUUCAUUGUGUAAUCACUUUUCACUCUUUCCUUCCUUUUCUUCCCCUUUGCGUCGAUUGUGUCGAUUGGUUUUUAUACAUGGUUAC